GGGGGGGUGGAGGACAUUGGAUGGCGUGAGGACCGAGGCCGGUGGUUGGUUUGAUCUGAGCCACGUGUGUGUCCAGCCACGUCUCUUCGCCGCUUAAUGGAGUUUGAUGAAACGUUGGCUUUCUCUGCCGCCCGGUCCCUUCUGUCUUGGCCCAGGUUUUCUGACACGAGAUGAUGCACGAGUCCUUGAGGAAGAAAUCAGAAAGUGGUGCUUCAGUCCCUCAUUCUCCAGUUGGUGUACAGCUCAAUAACUAGUGUCAAGGUGUAUAUGCAGCAGGCAGUCAGCUUUUCAGUAACAAACUGUGGUUGUCCUGGGUAGCUUCCAGGUAUGAAUCCUUCUAGGGGAAUGACUGUGAAGCAGAACAAAGAAAACUCCCACUGAGUACAUUAAAGUGAAAACACAGGAUCUACUGGCAAUGUCAUCGCUCUGCUCUGUGAUGAGGUUUAACUGGGGGUUCAGGCUGAGAAACAUGCUCUACCUCCACAACACAGGGCAGCCUUGAACUCUGCACCGUCACCCUCUCUAUCCUCAGCUAUGAGUUUAACUGUAAGAUGAUAGUAUGAGAACAACAGCACCGUGGCACCUAACAUCCCACUGCUUCACCACCUCAAUAAAAACCUAGCUGGACUAUUCAGUCCGUGUUGUGAAAAUGGCAGAAAAAGGUUUCCAUCUCAGAGCUCUCAACUGCGCAGAAGACUUCCCAACGACAUCACUAGCAUCCCUCCAUCUCAGGGACGAGGCUGUGGUCAUCAACGAGAGCACCAACCAUAUGGGAGAUAAUCCUGAGCCUCAUUCUGUAUUUUCUGUGAUGAUGUCAUCACCACCGCAUAACCAAUCACGACAGCAGACAGACAUAUCCGUGGCUACUAGGCCUGAGCCUUCACCAGCAGUUCAAGAGUUCUUGGAUCCUGAGAUGGGCCAAAGCGACAGCGAGGCUCAGUCUCACACCCUGACAGCGUUCCUGCAAGACCUUUCCUCCCCUGUUGAUCCUGAUGAUGUGUUUCCUGCACUAAGAACCAACAUUGUCAAGGAAGGAGAACUUCAACCCAAGAACAACAAAACCAAAGCGAUGGCAGCAUGUGACUCCAGCUCUGAUGACAACCAUCUGUCUAAUGCAGAGUGGUACUGGGGAAAUACCUCGAGAGAGGAAGUAAAUGAGAUGAUGAGAAACACUCCUGAUGGGACGUUCCUGGUCAGAGAUGCUUCCAGUAAGGUUAAGGGGGAAUACACUCUCACACUAAGGAAAGAUGGCUCCAACAGACUGAUAAAGAUCUACCAUCAUGGGGGGAAGUACGGCUUUUCUGAGCCACUGGUCUUUCCCUCUGUGGUGGACCUGAUCCAGUACUAUCAGAACAAGUCUCUGGCCCAGUACAACUCUAAACUGGACACGCGGCUACUUUACCCCAUAACCAGAUACCAGCAGCAGCAGGUUGUGAUGGAAGUUGACAUUGAUGCAGUUGGAGAACAGCUGAGGAUAUUUCAGGAUCAAUACAAAGAGAAGAGCAAAGAGUAUGAUCUUCUGUUUGAGAAGUUUAACCAAACCUCCCAGGAGCUGCAGAGCAAGCGGACAGCCAUAGAGGCUUUCAGUGAAAUCAUUCGGAUCUUUGAGGAGGAGUGUGAAACUCAAGAACGCUACAGCAAAGAAUACAUCGACAUGUUCCUCUCAAUAGACAGCAGUACAGAUUCAGACACGAUUCAAAGCAAUUCCGAUGAGCUGCAGUCCAGGGUGGAGGAGAUCCACAACAGCAAAAAGAAGUUGGAGGAGGAGCUGAGGAGGAAGGCGCUGGCUCACAUGGAGGUCGACAAGAAAAUGAACAGCCUGAAGCCCGACCUUGUGCAGCUCAGGAAGAUCAGAGAUCAAUACCUGCUCUGGCUCAACCAGCAAGGUACUAGGCAGAGCCAGAUUAAUGAUUGGUUGGGUAUCAGGAAUGAAGAAGAAGACCCAUACACUCUGGCAGAUGAUAUCGACCAGGAAGAGAGGAACUGGUACGUUGGUGGUAUGAGACGUAAGGAGGCAGAGGAGCUGCUGAAGGGGAGGAGAGACGGGACCUUCCUAAUCAGAGACAGCCAGACUCAGAGAGGAUCCUUCGCCUGCUCUGUUGUUGUGGAUGGAGAUGUGAAGCACUGUGUGAUCUACAGGACAUCCACAGGGUACGGCUUCGCUGAGCCCUACAACCUAUACCCAUCGCUAAGAGAGCUGGUCCUCCAUUAUCGACACACAUCCCUGAUCCAACACAACCAGCAGCUGAAUGUAACCCUGGCCUGGCCCGCUCUCGGCCAGCAGCCCAGCUGAGACACACCAGCAGGCCACCCUGAUGGCACUUUCCCAAAGCUUCACUGUAUUUGCACCACGGAGGCACUAACGUGGACACUGUUACCAGGCUCUAACAGAGUACGGGUUAGUGUCAUUACCAUACGAGAAUUUCCAGAAACAGUUUUAGUGCUCAGAUCUAAAAAUCCUACACUGGUUAGAUGUCACAGCAAACAAAAAGCAUUACUGUCACAAUCACUCGAAUGCUUUGCUAAGUUACUUGGAACAGAUUUAACAGCUUUUCCACAGUAGUUUUAAGGUUGAUUAGUUCAUUGUCAGCUUUGUGAGUUAAAUACAAUGGUUGCAUUUGGACUGUAGCUCUGUUCUAAUGCAAUUUUUUUUUUUUUAAAGCUAAUGUUCCUAAUAUUAAAAUUCCCAUUUACUUGCCAUCUGCACAGCUUGCAAAACACAACUGGGAUUAUGUACUUAACUGAAUUCAACAUUGAAUUAAAUCUUUUGCAGCAGUACUGAGGUAGCACUGAAAUAUUGACUCAUGACAACAAUAGUACAGCAGCAAAUUAAUGCUGGUAUUAAAGUUGCAAAAAUCUUAACAGUGUAGUAAUGACGAUAUCAGGGUAACGCAGGAUACUAGUAGCUAGCUUUCAGAAUACUGAUACUAAACUGCUUUUUAUAAGUAAAACAAUCAAAGCAGAGAAAUAUAAUUUGGCUUGCUUUUUAAGUAUAAAAAGGAAGGUAUAUUUCCCUGUUCAAGAGAAACUGAUUUAAGUUAUUCACUAAUCCAGAACUUUCAUAUUUCAGUGUUGAUGGGUUUUUUUUUGUUUUGUUUUUCUGAAAGUACAAGAAAUCAUAAAUAUUUAAGAAGCAAAUAUACAUUGUAAAGAGUAUUGAAGUCAUGGUCUCUAUAUUUCAAAUAUAUUUUUGUCCAACAAUCCUAAUUAAUGCUCUGCAACAGCCAUCAUCCCUCCACAGUACAUAUCUUAAAUCCAUAUAAUCAGCAGUUGCAGUGUUUAAGGUGCUUCUGGGAAACUGAGCUAAGGAUGGGGGCUGCACUACCAAGCACAUGUGCAUUAUGGCUAGUGUAGUGUAGAAACUGAGGAGACACACAAGCACUUUAUCCAAAACAAGACAACCUAGAAUAUACAUAAGCACAGAGAUGAGAGCUGGAGAUGUGUGAGACACUGAUUUUUACAUAGUGAUUUUGUUGGUUGAAAAGAAGUUUUUAUUUCAGUGGUUAGGAAUAUAAAAGUUAUUUUCUUACUGCCAUCUUCAUUCUCCACAAUAUCUUCAUGGAGACAAAAUAAGAAUUUCAUGGAUUCUACCUCUGGGUGUAUUUUUUGCUUUUAGCUCCUAUGUGUGGAAUAUUUUUGUUCUUAUAGCAAUCAAAUUGUUGGCAGGUGAUGGUUUUUUGUAGAAACAUGGGACAAUCAUGCUAAAGUUUGUGUAAUCUAUGUGUGGCUUUAAGAUCACUGUUUAACACUUUAAAGUGUUAAUAUAUGAGCGGGUAUAAACAGACAAUACUGAAAGUAAUUGUGUGUGUUGUGUACAUGCACAUUUUGGAAUAUCAACCCAAAAUAAGCACAGUUACUUAGGUAUAUGGGUAAUAAUCUGGUUCAGAUUAAUCUUUGAUGAGUCAGUUGUUUUUUUUAUUUCUAUAUUCUUUGAGGAUUUUUGUUGGAGUUGGUGAUCCAGGUGCUUUGAUAGGUCUCUGGAGCGAUAAUAUACACUAUAGAGGUCUUUUAGAUUUCGGUCUGGUUGAAAAGUGCCCUUAAGUGUUCCUGUUCCAGCCAUCAUAAUUUUAAUUGUGUUACUCUCAGGAGAGAUUUCUUGCCCCUUACAUGAGUAUGAUGUUGGGUGUCAACAACAAUGUUCUAAUGAACCAAAUGUUGAGGUUGUGUCUAGCUGGAUACAAGGCUACAAUAGCAUAAAUACUCUGGAGCACCUUCAGGAAGAGUAUUAUUAUCGAAGGUAGUUGCUUUUUACUAUAAUAGCACAAUUUUUAAAUCAUUAUAUUUAACUAUUUUGUAAAAGUGAGUGUCGAAUAGACUUUAUUCCCCCAGCAGUUGCUACAUUAACCUUACACUACAUGACAAUACAAAAUAAUU